AUGGCCGCUAGUGGACCUCCUCCCCCAACUGCAAUCACUGAACGGGUAAUUAUCCCGGUAAAGGGUGGUGUUGAGCAUUGGAAGGAGCCCUACAAGCAGCUCCUCUUGACCCUCAAAAACCAGCCUGGUUACAUUAGAACAAGAUGGGGCCCCCGCAGUGAGGAUCCGCAAACUCUAGAUUUGAUGAUUGGCUGGGUGUCCCCCGAAGCCAAGAACGCCUUCGUGUCAAGCGAUGCCCACUCCAAGUCCAUGGAUCAGAUGGGCCAGGUCCUCAACGGCAAGCCCUGGGGCUACACCAUCAAGUUCAGGCCUUACGCGCCCCGCGAGGCCAUCAAUUCGCCUAUCGUGGAGAUGGUCACCAUUCGCAACUGCACGGGCAGCGAAGAAGAUCUCAAGGCCUUGAUCGAGAAAGCGUUCAGCCUGCCUGGCUCUCGUGGCGGCGCCUCUGGCUUUUCUACGGAACAGGUCGAAGGUCACGGCAAGGUCUUUGUCGGGGCGAUCGGUUGGGACAGCAUUGAUGCUAGCAAGGCGGCCGACAAAUCUUCUUACAUUCCCAAUGGUGUCGGGGAUGUCGAGGUGCACCAUGUCAACUACAACUUCCCCAUCAAGGGCUUCUCAGUCACUAACUCGAACUAA